AUGGCCGCUAAUAGCGGUGACCCUGCAACAGCCGUCUCUGUAAGAGGCUUUCAAGUUCUGAAGAUUGAUGGGUACUCGAGAACUUUGAACCCCAUGUGCGGUGUCCUGCUUCAGAUCAUGCCCGUUUCGUGUGGGAGGCCGUACGUGGGACAUCAGCUACACCCCAAGGGGUGCCGACGAACAAACACUGAUUUCUUCUCUCUUUUUCUACUUCUUGUCGAUGCUGAUGAUUCUGGUGAGGCCGUGGCUGCGCAGCCUACAUUCAGUUUGCUGGAUCAAGAUCAAAAGCCGGUGCCAUCCUAUAACCGUACCCCCGCCAUGAGCAGCUUCUCGGCAUUAAAAAGGUCUAUUGGAUAUGAGAAGUUCAUGAGAAGAGAAACCUUGGAGCGAUCAGAGCAUCUGAUCGAUGACUGCUUCGCCGUGAGGGUGGAUGUACAUGUUGUUGUCAAGGAAGCACCAUCCAUGGUGGUUCCACCAUCCUGA